CACACACACACACAAAGGAGGAGUUCUCGCUCCUCAGGAAACCCUGCAAGCUCGGAUCGCUACUACAAAAACAUUUGUCUCAGUGGAUUAUCCUCACUGUCAGCAGGAGCCCAGCCAGAAUGAAACUAGUUCACGUAGCCCUGCUCUAUCUCGGCUCUGUGACCUUCCUCGGGGUGGAUGCUGCACGGGUGGACGUAGCGACAGAGUUCAAAAGAAAAUGGACGAAAUGGGCACUAAGCCGAGCCAAGCGGGACGUGAAGCCUGCGGGCUUGCUCCGAGGGCUGGGGGCAGCCGCCGACGUGCUGCCUCUCAUACGCACCCAGGACGUGAAAGAGGAUUCCCGAGUCUCACCUCCCAGCAACCGGGAGGAUGCUCACAUCCGCGUCAAGCGCUACCGCCAGAGCAUUAACAGAUUCCCCCACUUCCAAACAAAGGCGUGCCGCUUCGGAACGUGCACGGUGCAUUGGCUGGUCGACGAGCUCCACAGGGCGGCCGUCAACGAUAGGAACGAUGCCGCCCCCCCAAACAAGAUCAGCCCCCAGGGCUACGGCCGCCGGCGGCGUUCCCUGCCCGAGCCCCGCAGCCCAGCGCGCUCCCCCAGCUCCGGGCGGCGCCCACGGACGCGCCGGGCGCAGCCCCUCGCCGCCUUCCUCGGAGUCUGAAGCGCCGCAGGACCGCCGAGGCCGCCUCGACGGAUGGACUGAGGCACGGGCUGAGAUCCGCCAGGAUUCGCGGAGAGCGCCUGCCCGGGCGGGACCCCGGCGCGCCCUCCGGGGGGAGCUGAGAAGGGCAGCGGACGCUGCGCCCCCCGCCCGCCACGGACU